CCGGGCUGAGUGCGGUGUCCCGGUGAUCCCCGACACCACCACCACCGCUGCUCCUCCUCACACACACACACACACACACCGUCACACACACACACACACACACACACUCAUGAGUGCACUCCGUGUCUGUGCGUAUCACCGGCUCCUGCAACCUGCCGACUUCACCUGAACCUGCAAAACAAACAAUGCGUGCACACUGCGUUGUGCGUUACCGCAGGUUAUUGCUACUUCUGUGCGCACUCAGGAGGUAACUAGUGGGAGGUAUGAGCUUGCAUGCGUGCCAUCAUCAUCAUCAUCAUCAUGGAUUGCCUUUUUCUUCUGAUGUGGACUUUACCCAUCCCGCUGGUCGGCUGCACCUCAGUCAAGCUUCUCUCCACCCUCCUCUGCUGGAAUAUCAUCAAGACUCUGCACAUUUACUGCUCCCACACCUCCCACACCGUUUCGGCCAGCUAUUCUUCCAGUGACAGUGGAUUAAAUCAUGACUACGAGUUCGUAACACCAGUGGAGGUGGACUCUGACGGCGGAUACCUGUCCCAUGAUGUGACCAGGCACAACCAUCGCAGCAAGAGGUCUCUCUCCUCUUCUUCUCUGCACUUCCAGUUAUCUGCCUUUGGGCAGAACAUGCACCUCGACCUGCAUUCAUCCUCUGUGGUUGGCCCGGGUUUCACAGUGCAGAGUCUCGGCUUGAAUGGCAUCACCACAGUGAUGGGGGAUGCAGGUUUUCAUAACUGCCUGUAUCAGGGAUUUAUCCGCAACUUGUCAGGCUCCACAGCUGCCAUCUCGACGUGCUCCGGACUGUCAGGUCUGAUCCGUGUGUCUCAGGAGGAGUAUUUGAUUGCCCCAUUACCCCAACAUUUGGCCAGACAACAUAACUACAGCGCCCCCAGUGGUCACCACCCACAUGUUGUUUACAAACGCUCAGCGGAACACAUUGUACAGAGGAGAUCUCGCAGCCCAUCCAGCAGCAGUUCUUCCACACCUGAGAAAUCAAACCUUCAACAUCAUCAGCAGCAGCAGCAGCAGCAGCAGCAGCAGCGGCGGCAGCGGUACCAACACAACGACUACCAACGUGGAAAGCUGCCGAGAAAACACUUCUGCGGACCCCGCAAGCAAAACACUCCCAAGCCCCCCUCUGAGGACCGCUUCAUCAUGCCGGAUGAGUUUGCGAUACCUGAGGUGGAAGGGCCAGGAAGGGCAAAGAGAUCGCCCAUCAUUUCCAACAGAGUGGGUGGUCUGAAUGUGGAGACCCUGGUGGUGGCAGACAGGAAGAUGUUGGAGAAACACGGCAGGGACAACGUCACCACCUAUGUCCUCACCGUCAUGAACAUGGUUUCCAGUCUUUUUAAAGAUGGUACUAUUGGGACAGACAUCAACAUUGUGGUGGUCAGCUUGUUACUUCUGGAACAAGACCCUCUGGGCUUGACCAUAAAUCACCAUGCUGACCAGUCCCUUAACAGUUUCUGUCAGUGGCAGUCGGGACUAGUGGGCAAAGGCGGUAAGCGGCAUGAUCACGCCGUUCUCCUCACUGGACUAGACAUCUGCUCCUGGAAGAACGAGCCCUGCGACACCCUGGGUUUUGCCCCCAUCAGUGGCAUGUGCAGUAAGUACAGGAGUUGCACCAUCAAUGAGGACACAGGACUGGGCUUGGCUUUCACCAUCGCUCAUGAGUCUGGACACAAUUUUGGGAUGAUCCACGAUGGUGAGGGAAACCCUUGUCGCAAGACAGAAGGCAACAUAAUGUCUCCCACUCUGGCUGGAAACAAUGGCGUCUUCUCCUGGUCCACCUGCAGUCGACAGUACCUCAGCCGCUUCCUUGGAACAGCCCAGGCAUCCUGUCUGGUGGACGAGCCCAAGCAAAUUGGUCAGUACAAGUACCCCGAACAGCUUCCCGGGCAGCUGUACAAUGCAGACACGCAGUGCAAGUGGCAGUUUGGUUCAAAGGCCAAACUGUGCGGUCUUGAUUUUGUCAAGGACAUCUGUAAGUCGCUAUGGUGUCAUCGCACGGGACACCGGUGUGAGACCAAGUUCAUGCCUGCUGCAGAGGGCACCGGCUGUGGUCCAGACAUGUGGUGUCGCCGGGGUCAGUGUGUUAAAUAUGGGGAGCAUGGUCCUCGGGCGGUCCAUGGCCAGUGGUCAGCCUGGUCCCAGUGGACUGACUGCUCCAGAACAUGUGGAGGCGGGGUCAUGUACAGGGAGCGCUCCUGCACCAGCCCAAGGCCCCAGAACAAUGGUAAAUUUUGCUCAGGAUCGAGUCGGCUCAACCAGCUGUGUAACACUCAGCAGUGUCCUCCCAACUCUGUGGACUUUAGGGCCCAACAGUGUGCUGAGUACAACAGCAAGCCCUUCAGGGGCUGGUACUACAAAUGGAAGCCCUACACCAAGGUGGAUGAUGAAGACAUCUGCAAGCUGUACUGCAUCGCGGAGGACUUUGACUUCUUCUUUGCCAUGUCCAGCAAGGUCAAAGAUGGCACCACCUGCUCUGAUCAAAAUGGAGAUGUCUGCAUUGAUGGCGUGUGUGAGGCAGUCGGCUGUGACCAGACUCUUGGCUCCAAGGCCUCUGUUGAUGCCUGUGGAGUCUGUAAGGGAGACAAUUCCACGUGCAAGUUCUUCAAGGGCCAAUACACCUUACAACACAGGGCUAAUGAUUAUUACUCAAUGGUAACAGUACCAGCUGGGGCACAGAGCAUUCACAUUCAGGAAAUGGAGGUCUCCACCAGCUACUUGGCCGUGCGCUCCCUCAAAAGGAAGUACUACCUGACAGGGGACUGGACUGUGGACUGGCCAGGAAAGUUCCAUUUUGGUGGAGCUGUGUUCGACUACGAGCGCUCUUUCAACAAGCCGGAGAGCCUGUAUGCCGCUGGACCUACUAAUGAGACACUAGUGUUUGAAAUCCUCCUGCAGGGAAAGAACCCGGGCGUUGUGUGGCAGUACACUCUUCCUCGCACUGAGAGGAAGCCCGACUACAGCUGGGGUGUGGUGCGCUCGGACUGCUCCGCUCCGUGUGCCGGAGGACGUAUCUCCGCCAAGGCUAUCUGUCUACAGGACCAGAAAGUGCAGGUCAACUCCACCAUGUGUAAUCCCCUCUCCAGACCGACACUUGGGUCCCAUCUCUGCAACACGCAGCCUUGCCCUGCCUACUGGGCGACUGGAGACUGGGGGCCCUGCAGUCGCUCGUGUGGAGGAGGCCAACAGACGAGGACACUGCGCUGCCUGAGGAAGGUCACUUACCAGAGGGAGGAGGUGGCGGCGCACUCCCUCUGUCCUGUCAUUUCUCCUGCUCAGGUCCAGCCCUGCCAAACCCAGGCGUGUCCGCCCGAGUGGAGCACGGGAUCUUGGUCACAGUGCUCCAAGACCUGUGGCCGUGGACUGAGGAAGCGCAGUGUGUUCUGCCGCAGCACCGAUCCCGGAGCCAAAGCAGUGGUUGUGCCUGACAGCAUGUGCAGACAGCACCACAGACCCAAAGCCCAGGAGACCUGUGUCCUGCAGCGUUGCCCCAAAAAUGAAAGGCUACAGUGGAUGCCCACUCCCUGGGGAGAGUGCUCCAGGUCCUGUGGCUCAGGCAUCCAGAAGAGAGAGCUUCGCUGCGGGGAGAGAGACUCACAGGGAGGGUAUGUGGAGUUCCCGGUACGGAGGUGCAGGAACACGGCCAAACCCUUAGUGGAUCUGCAGCAGGGCUGUAACCGGGGUCCAUGCCCAGAGCAUCCGUGGGUCGUCCCGGGCAGAACAACCUCCAGUGCUGUGGUUUUAGGCUGGUACUCCUCUCCCUGGCAGCAGUGCUCCGUGUCCUGCGGCGGAGGAGUUCAGACUCGGUCCAUCCAAUGUCUCCGGCAAGGUCGCCCCGCUGCUGGCUGCCUGCCCCACCAGAGGCCUGUAACCUCCAGGGCAUGCAACACACACUUCUGCCCAGCCGCUCCUCCUGCUCCGGCACAGCGUCCUGGCUGGAUCCCAGCUGCUGGACCCACACUGAAAGAUGGACACUGUGUGGACCAUUUCAGCUGGUGCCACCUGGUUCCCCAGCACGGCAUCUGCAAUCACAGGUUCUAUGGACAGCAGUGCUGCAAGUCCUGCUCUAAUAAGAGGCCAUAACGCUCUGAUAUACUGUACAUUGGAAUCUGUGGAAUUCAAACAA